AUGAUGAAUUUGUUUGUUUUUGUUAUUACAGAAUCACUGCUACUGGCGGAGAAAAGCCUCGUUUCUGGAGAAUCUAAUGAUCCUGGGGAUUAUGCUUAUUACGAAAGUAGCAAUUACAGUGACAGUAGCUAUUCAUAUUCGUACUACUCUUCUGAAAACCUAACCGAUUUGAAAAUCGCCGAUGCAGUCAAUUGUACUCAGCAAUGUGGAAGCAAAGAGUUUUCGUGCACGACGAUUUCUGAAUCUUGGUAUUUCACGAUUUGUUGCAUUUCGAAAGAGAAUCGCUGCGACGGAAGCCCGGACUGCUUGUUUAAAGAAGAUGAGGAGGACUGUGGCAAUUUAGAUGUCACAACGGAGGCAUCUCCAUCGACUAAGGAUAACAGGGUGAACUUUUUGGAUGAUCUGACUUUUCAAAUUUCGAACUCUAGUUCAAGAGUUUCAAAUAACUAUCUUUAUUUAUCAUUACUGCUUGCUUUUUUAGAUUUAGAAUAA